AUGAGCCUCGCAGGUAUAUAAUAGCAGCAUGCGCCCUGUCAUUUCCGACUCGGCAGUCGUCUUGACUACCUGUCUAUCUAAUUAGAUGCCUCACUAUUCUUCUUCUUUGUGUGCUCGCGUUACUUCUCACACUCACUAACGAAAAACAGUUUCUAGGCUCUUCUCGUCAUUCCACCUUGUCAAGAAGUAUGAUGGGUACGCUCACCUCUACGAACGCCGACGACCUUCAGAAGACGUUGGCGCCAUACUUUGAUGGAUUCAACAAGACUACGGAGGCGGCCGAUGCUGAAGGAUCGAUGAAGUUUAUGCAUCCGCAAGGUGUGAUCGUUCAGAAGGACACUACGUCGACUUUCGGAAAAGAGGGUAGGUUUAUUGCGCUUCUUAUCAGUAGUAGUACAAGGCGUGGGUGAGAAUGUUGCGAUUCUAAUCGGCGCACUUUUCAGCGCUCACCGAUCUUUUCAAACGCUGGUACGCUUUUACCGGACCCUACUACUUCAAAGUACGUGAAAUCAAAGAAUGUGAAAGCACCUAACUGAAACUGUUCAGCGUACCGACGAAAAGUACAGCGGCGGCGGCAACUGGAUCGUCGUUGAAGCCAAGAUGGAACUGAUCAAAGUGGUGGGCGACGAGGUGAUUCUUCGAGGUGACGUCAUGCACAUUUGGAAGAAGGAGCAGGAGAAGUGGUUCAUGUUCUACGAGCAGUUCCAUAUCGAUGAGAACUAA